AGAAACUUAAUAGUAAAACAGUGGGUAUUACAUCUGUGUUGACCGUGAACUACUUUUCUGUGGUUCCCUCCAAAUUGAGCUAACAAGUGUUAGGUGCUUGUGAAGGUGUAGCUGAAAAGUUGUGAACUUUGAGCCAGAUUUGGAAUUAAAAGAGUAUUUUGGUUGGGGAUUUAUCUGUUUGCCUUCAAUUUCAUCCAUUUUCUGCAUAUAUUGCAUAAUUUGGUAAACUUUUCUGAUUCGGGUUCCUGAGGCACUUGAUGUUAAUUGGAGAUAAAGAUUAGGACUAAUUUUGGCAUGUUGCUUGGCAUUAAUUGGAGCAUAGCAUAUCUGGAAAGAUAGUGAAUGUCACCUAAUACUAAAAGUCAGAGUGGCUUUUCUUGCCGCUUAUAUGGAGUAGCAUUUCUCAACUAUUUACCUGUAUCAGUAUCAUGGUUCGAUAAUCUAACUGCCUACAUCUACAAGAUAAAGGAAAUAUCUGAGGAUAUAACUUUUUGUGUGUUUGUUUAUCUAAUAUUAUGGCCAUGUUUCAGAUGAGCUUUUUUGAGAUUCACAUCAUAUAAUGGGAAUGCUCUCCAGUCUCUCAGACAUUCCACUUGACCAUUCAGCUGCAUGAACUAAGGCAAAUAUACUGCAAGCUUUUGUUAGCACAGGUUCUCUAUGGGUGAACGUAGAAAACGCAAAUCAUUGUGGAGUGAGGAAGCAGAAACAAAACCUUUUACUGGAAAUCAUAGUGGGAUAGGUAAAGACAAACAUCCCAGUCAUAGUGGUGAACAAAAUCAUGAAUUUCCUGCAUCUGGAUCUCACGGAUUGCCGAAGUUCAGGUAUCAUUCUGGUCACCCAUCUAUGGAAUCAAUUCAUGAAGACCCAGUUGAUUGGAUAAAUGGCAGCUAUCCCAGAAGUAGCGAGAAUGCAUAUCAAGAAAAGGAAAUAGGUGUUGAAAAUAGUUAUUAUCAGGAUAUGUCUCCCGAGUUCAAAUAAAACCACUUACUUGAAGAUAACCAAAGCCAUUCUCGCAGGUACCAAGGAAGAGGUAGGAGUAGAAGCAGGAGCAGGAGCAGGAGUAGAGGCAGGUGUCGCAGUAGGAGCUUGAGUAGGGGCAGGGAAAGGGGAAGAACAAGGGGAGAGAACAGAAGCAGAAGCAGAAGCAGAAGUGACAGUGAUGCACAGGGUUGGACAAGAAGCCGUAGCCCUUUAGGAGAUUACAAACAUCAAGCUUCUGGAUGGAGUGACGGUAGAAGUCUACCUGAGAUGUCAAAUGAAGCUGAUUUUGCUCCAGGAAGGGGCAGGAGAGACGAUUUAAGCAAAUAUAUUCUACCAAAGAACACUAAUCACAGGGAUGGUGGCCUUGGGGGAAGGGACACAUCAGAGAGUCGUAGAAGUAGGGCAGAUCAUGGAAAUGAUUCUAAACAGGCUUACAGCAGAGGUGCCCGGAUUGAAUUAAGGAGUGAUGCUUCUGAUCCUUAUCAUGGAGAGAAUGAGCAAUUCCUAAACAACAGUCGCAAUGUACCGUGCAGAAACUUUGUUAAGGGUAGUUGUAGGUGGGGAGACAAUUGCAGAUUUUCUCACCAUGUUGCUUCUGAUGAAAUCUCUGUUGAAGGUGCUAAACGUUCCUCCUCAGAUAAGGACCCUGAGCACCAACCUUAUAGAAACAGGAACCCACUUUGUAAGUAUUUUGCAGCAGGCAAGUGUGAUCGGGAUAAUUGCAAAUUCUUUCAUGAGGAUCCCAAUUUCAACCGUUUAGAGGGUAGACUGGGCAAAGUCAACAAUGGCCAUAACUCACGUGACAAUGACCGUAGCUCACAUGAUAAGGUGAACAAGAGGGAUGGCCUGACAUGGGAAUCAUGUAAUGAGGCAGCUGGAAUCUCAAAUGAUAUCAAACCUUUUGGGGGGGAUAGUUCUACUGUUAUUGUUACUGAAAGCACUGUUGACAACAGUAAUGCAGGACAAAACAAUAGAAUGAGCCACAGUUUGGGAAACGAGAAAGUAAAUUGGGGGCUGCCACAACACACAAAUAAUUUAGUGCCUGUACAUCAUGCAGGAAAUGGCAGUUAUGGUGGAGAUGUAGGUACUACUGAAUCUGCUAUCGAGGAAAAUAUACUGGCCAAACAGGAUGUUCUUGUGUUUCAUGGUUCACAGUUGCAAAAUCCGGAUGGAAAUACGAACAAAUUGCAGGUAGAUCAAAGGUUUCCCUUGAAUGCCUGGCAGCAGAAUGUUUCUCCAGUUUCACAUAUUCAGCAUCAGAACCAUGGAGUAGUAGAAUUAGAAAACAGUGUGGUAAGUUCAUUCCACUCUGACGUUACUAAUGAGGUGAAAGACUCCAGAAAUGCCACUUUUGAAGCUUUUAUUUCUGCACAAAACUUGCAUCAAAAUGGCAAAAGUGUACUUCUUGGGAGUUCAUCUAUUUCCACGGAAGCUGGUAGCAAAGAUAUGCCAGCCUUGAAUGGGGCUGAGAUUCACCAUGUUGCUAAUUUGAAUUUGUCUCAGAUUCAGAAACUUCAAAAUGCUAUCCAAAUGGCUGGAAUGUCAGAGACAAACACCAUGUUGUCUUAUCCGAAUUCUGUAAUCAGUGAGCAGUCUGCUCAAUAUACAAACACUCUUCCUUCUACUUCUCUACAGCAAGUUCCUCCUGUCCCAAAUCAAAGAUUUGAGAAUCAACAUUCUACAAAAAAUCCAAUUGAAGAAGUCUCCAAUUCUUUAGGGAUGGUGCUUUCUACGUCUAAUGCCUCUGGCCACGUUCCACUUGACUGCACAGAAUGCAAAUCAAUCAAGUUACAGUUUCUCAUGAUCCAAUCAGUUCCGAGGAGAAUGGAAGAAAUAGUAAUGAGCAUGAAGAAGGCACUAAAAUGCCAGACAGAUAAUACAGUAAUAGAUCAUUCUGGAAGGUCACCAGAACAGCAAGAGAUGGCACAUAAAAAUGCAGAAUGUGAUGAAGUCAAAGGUGGCAUGGGCGAGCAAAGUAAGGGAGUUCAAGUCAGUAAGCAAUCUGAAACUUUAGACGGUCAUGGUAAAGCUGACGAGGGUAUUGGUAACAAGGAUGAUAAAGGGGCACGCCUGUUUAAAAAUUCUCUGAUAGAGUUUGUGAAGGAUAAACUGAAGCCUAAAUGGAAGGAAGGGCGAAUGAGCAGAGACGUUCACAAAAAUAUUGUAAAAAAAGUGGUGGACAAAAUUACAAGCUCUAUUCAAACCGAUCACAUUCCAAAGACGCAAGAGAAAGUUGAGCAGUAUCUCUCGUUUUCUGAACCCAAAAUCACGAAACUUGUACAGGCUUACGUGGACCGUGUCUAAAGACAGAUUCUUGAAUCACUUUUUUACCCUGAUCUGUUUUUAGACCUUAGAUUGGCGGCACUAUGAUGAAGUGUUCCAUUAUGCAGUUGUGCAUUGCAUUUAAGUUACUUUUAGUUUAGUUUGUUAAGAUUGUUAUUAUUUUCUUAGAACUUUUUUGGAUGUGUAUUGGAACUGCACAGCCCUUUCUGAGAAACAUUUUUGGAACUCUUUGUGUUGUUUAAGCAUAAUAGAACACCUUUUUUGCUCCUUUGGCUGCUUGAAAAGGCA